AUGCAGUUGCAGUCAGAUAUUGGCUGGGGUGGCUGCCACGUGAAGUCUGAAUUGGGCUGGAAAUCCAAGAUGGAGCACUUUCAUAAAUGGCAGCUGACCGUGGCCAUCCGCUGGGAAGGUUAUUCAUACUCGCCGGGCCCCAAGGCCUGCACGCGCGCCCACGCGUACACACUCACGCACACUCCUCCGGCCCCGCCCAUCCCGGCCCAUCACGAGGUCCGACCUCACUGCAGGGCUGAGGUCUUUACGUCCCAAGACUACGUUUCCCAGGAGGUGCUGCGACGCUGGCCCAAUCAGGACGCAGCAUCGGCUAUGCUUUGUGCGUCUGCGCCAUCUUCCGGCUCCAGGCGGCGAGUCCGCCGGUCCCGAGGAGAGGGCGCACUCUGGGCUGUCGGGGCGCAGUCGCUCCGAGACCUGGACUCGAGGAGGUAUCAGGUGAGCGGCUCCGGAGCUUCCAAGGAGCUCUGGGGUCAGCGCGGGGUCAGGCGACGCGGCCGGGCCGCGCUCGCCCUGCUGGCGCCCCCUUUCUGCGUCCAGGCUCUUAUCCCGAGCCCAUGGGCGUCACUGUUGUUCAGGGACGUGGCCGUGGUCUUCUCCCAAGAAGAGUGGGAGCAGCUGGCGCCUGCUCAGAGGGCUCUGUACAGAGAUGUGACACUGGAGACGUACGGCAACCUGGUCGCAGUGGGUCUUGCCACUUCCAAGCCUGACAUGAUCUCCUCCCUGGAGCAGGGACAGGAGCCCUGGACGGCGGAGGGGGCGGCGCCAGGAGGCCGGGGCCUUGGAAGCCCGCUGCACCCGCCUGCGGCCCGCCCAGCGCUGCUGCCCCUGCUGCCCCUGCUUUUCUGCCCCUGUCCUCGUCUUCUCACCAUCUGUGGCCAUCAGAGGGUUCACACUGGUGAGAAACCUUACGAAUGUAAGGACUGCGCAAAGGCUUUCAGUCGAAGCUCGCAAUUGAUCGAACAUCAGCGGAUUCACACGGGGGAGAAGCCCUAUCAAUGUAAGGAGUGUGGGAAGGCCUUCAAUCGGAUCUCACACCUCAAACAUCAGACUGUUCACACUGGCAAGAAGCUCUAUGAAUGUAAGGAAUGUGGGAAAGCCUUCAAUCAGGGUUCCACUCUUAUUCGCCAUCAGAGAAUUCACACUGGUGAGAAGCCCUAUGAAUGUCAGGUAUGCGGGAAGGCCUUCAGGGUGAGCUCACAGCUGAAGCAGCAUCACAGGAUUCACACUGGGGAGAAGCCCUACCAGUGUAAGGUGUGCGGUAGGGCCUUCAAACGGGUGUCACAUCUUACUGUACAUUACAGAAUUCACACGGGUGAGAAGCCAUACGAAUGUAAGGAAUGUGGGAAGGCCUUCAGUCACUGUUCACAGCUGGUUCAGCAUCAGAGAAUUCACACAGGAGAGAAACCUUAUGAAUGUGAUGUUUGUGGGAAAGCAUUUAGCCAUCUUGCGUCACUCACUCAGCAUCAAAGAGUACGUUCUGGAGAGAAACCAUAUAAAUGUAAGGAAUGUGGGAAAGCCUUUAGACAGAGUAUACACCUUGCUAGUCAUUUGAGGAUUCAUACUGGUGAAAAACCUUAUGAAUGUAAGGAAUGUGGAAAAGCUUUUAGCAUCAGUUCACAGCUUGCUACUCAUCAGAAAAUUCAUACUGGAGAGAAACCUUACGGAUGUAAGGAAUGUGGUAAAGCCUUCAGCCAGACUACCCACCUUAUUCAACAUCAGAGAGUUCAUACUGGAGAGAAACCAUAUAAAUACGUCAACUUUUUAAGCCCCGACGCCCGCAGCCGCGCCCCUCGCCGCAGACCCCGGCCCAAUCCUGGUGCCGAUUCCCAGAAGCCGUUGGGACGGCCCGUGCUUACGGAGUCCGCCAUCGCGGUUCCUGUGGGGGACUACGUUUCCCAGCGGGCACUGCGGCAGGCGGGGCACGCCCACUUCCGGUGGGCGCUCGGCGUCCCCGUUUGUGCGGUCCCGUUUGGUUAUGAGGCGGGGGCGCGGCCGCCGCGACGAGGGUGGGGCCCGGUGGACGUGUGGCUGGAGGGUGACCGCCCGUGA